AAGCUACCACUAAAACAAUGGCUUAUCUUCAACCACUGAUCUUCUAUAUUCUGUCUGCUCUUGCAAUAUUUUGGCUUAUUUCUCCCUCCCAUUCCUCUUUAGAUAAUGUUAAUGACAAGGUUACUGUGUCACUGUACUAUGAAACAAGUUUAUGUCCACGUUGUGCCUCCUUUAUCUCCAACGACCUCGUCAAGGUCUUCCACACUGACCUCCAUACCAUUAUCAAUCUAAGAUUGGUCCCUUGGAGCAAUGCUGAAAUCCAUUGCCAGCAUGGAGAAGAAGAAUGCCACUUAAACACUAUACAUAGUUGUGUCAUCCAUUUCUGGCCUGAUGUGCAGAAAGAACACUUGGAAUUCAUUGGCUGCACAGAGCAACAAAGCUUAAAGGGGUGGCCCGUUGAAGCACUGUGGAAAAAUUGCAGUGAAAAGCUGAGAUUGAAUGAGGUGAUAAUCAACCAAUGCUAUACUACUGGAUUUGGAUAUAAGCUUCUGCUGCAAUAUGCUAACGAGACUGCACAUCUGAAGCCACCUCAAGAAUAUGUGCCAUGGGUGGUGGUGAAUAAUCAGCCACUCAGACAAGACUUUGAAAAUUUCGUGAAAUAUGUGUGCCAAGCUUAUAAAGGAGAUCAUAAACCAGCUGCUUGCAAAGCACAAUCAUCCAAUCUCAGCCCGACCAUCUAUGCAUCAUUUGCAGUACCCCAGCCGCCAGUAAUUCCAGUGGUAGACUUCUAUAAGUUGGCACUGCAGUGGCCUCCUCUGUUUGCAGCUCUACUUUCAACUGUAAACUCCCAAUCCCAACUGAAUUCAAAAUACAUGGAAUUUGGGCGCAAGACGCUCAUGACAUGCCGGUGCCCCCAUACAAUGCAAGGAAGCCUUGCACCCAUCCACAACCUAUUCUAACCCGGCCACGACUCCAACAAUUGUUGAGUGGUGAUAUAGCUCUUUGGAACCAAUUGCCCACACUAUGGCCGGACUUGGUAUUGACAGGUUCAGAGUUUGUACAACAUACAGCUUAGGACAUGUUCCGACUUUGCACAACAUCCUCUGUCAUACUUCCAAUCGGUUUCUUAUUGAGUGGUGAUAUACCAUGUUUAGGACAUGUUUCUUAUUUAAAUAAGAAACUUGCGAUUUGACUAACGGUUAACUCAUGUUUCCCGUUAACUAAUCUCAUAACAUGGGAACAGAUUUUGAGCCUCCUUUUCGAUGUCAUGUUUCCCGCAGUGACUGUAAUAUUUACUCAUUGCAUCGACUCCAUUGAACCCUGCAAUGAUCAUACUCACAACAAACACGAUAACAUGCAUGUAUUUCAUUCGAGUUUUCAUUUCUUCAAUGCGUAUUAAAGAUUUUUAA